CGCACGGCCAGUGAGACAAGGUUCCCAUAAAUAGAGCGGACGGCGGUAUAUAGGCAAGUGCGUAGGAGCGCACGGGAGUUCUCGCCGCCGAUCCGAGUGCGAGGAGUUAUUAGCGGUUUAUCGUCCUUCGUCCAAACCGAUUACCAUGAAGUACUAUUCGACCCGGGCCAGGUACGCGGUGGCUCCCGCCAGCCUGAAGUCCACCCGCGCCGUCCGCUUCCCGAACGAUAUAGUAUUUCAGGAUCACAUUCGGCAGGGCGAUCUGGAGCAGGUCGGGCGCUUCAUCAGAGCGAGCAAGGUGAAGCUGGACUCCAUCUACCCGUCUGGAAUGGCAGCUCUUCACGAGGCGGUCCUCACGGGCAACCUGGACUGCGUGAAGCUGCUCCUCAGGUACGGAGCUGAUAUUCAACAGAGGGACGAGAAUGGCUGGACGGCCCUCCACAUAGCCUGCAGUGACGGACACACGGAGAUCGCAAAGUACCUAUUGUCCCAGGGAGCUCGAGUGGAUUCAGUGAAUGACGAUGGGGAGCUACCCGUUGACCUGAUCGACCCAGAAGACGUCGAGCUGCAGCUGCUUUUCGAGCCCCGAGGGGCUGUUUGAAGAGACGCCUGGAAUUGCGCAACACAAUUCCUUGUUUGAGGUCCCAAAGGGACCAACUCCUCAGCUGUGAUUGUGUACUCUAAGCAUUGCACUGUGAAGAGCAAGGGAAGUAAGAGGUCUUCGACAAGGACCCACACCACUCCCCCCAAGUGU